CGACGCUAUCCCUUGUGGCACCGACCUCGACACGUACGCUCGACUAAUAGCUGCCACAAAUGUCAGAACGGGAGGCCAAGAACAGCGAGGAUUUGGCUGCGGCCAUCUUCGGUCACUCCGACUCGGACCUCUCUUCAGAUGAGGAUGACUUAGACAUCCCGCAGCGGGGAGGCUCUCCCGCGGGCGAAGAGUCUUCCGGAGGAGACUCUGCAGACGACUAUGUUCAACAGAAGAAGCGGGCACCCAAGACGAAGAAGAAGAGUAAGGCGAGAAGAGGAGAGGAUGAUGACGAAGGAUUGGGCAGUUCCCAGCGGAAGAGGAAGAGGGCGUCGAAGAAGAAGGCUCCCGAGGAGGUCGACCUCAGCCAAUAUCCCCCUGAAGUUGCGAGCAAGAUGAAGCUCGACAUGCAGAUCGAAGCUAUUCUGAAGCCGAAGAAGGGUUCACGUCCCAAGCGGAAAAGAAAGGACGAUGACGAUGUGCUCGACCGCUUUGCCGAUGAGGAAGUGUCACGGUUGCGUGAAGCCAUGCUCACCGCGGCAGCGGACGACGAUCAAGCAAAUAGAGAGAAGUUGCCCGCUACUUCGAAGCUUCGAUUAUUGCCACAGGUCAUGGACGUUCUACGAAAGACCUCGCUCGCACAGUCAAUCGUUGAUAACAACUUGCUCGAGGGAGUCCGCAGGUGGCUUGAACCCCUCCCCGACAAGUCCCUACCUGCCCUUGACAUCCAAAAGGAAUUCUUCCCCAUCCUGAAGAAGAUGGAGUUCAUCGACACGAACGUCCUGAAAGAGUCCCGCCUCGGCCGCGUCAUUCUCUUCUACACAAAAUGCAAGCGCGUCACCCCAGACAUCCAACGCGCCGCGAACGACCUCGUCUCGAUCUGGUCUCGCCCCAUCAUCAAGCGAUCCGCCUCCUACCGCGACCGUGUCAUCCCCAUUGCGCAAAUGGACGCCGAGGGCGGUGGUGCGCGAAGCGGGGAGCGUCUCAACGCUAUCCUCGCGCGCGCGAGGGAGGACGAAAAGGGCCGAGUCAGGAAGAACGCUGUGAUGAUCCCUCAGCGCGAGCUCGGCAGCUACACCGUGGCGCCACGCGCGAACGCUGGUCUAUCGAGGAACAACGUUCCUGUCGACGUGGACAUCCAGCGCAGGAAGCAGAAUGCGGAACGACUGAAGAGCUUGACGAGGAAGCUAACAAGCAAGACGUGAUUGGCGUGGACUUUCUGGUGGUAUACUUGUUUAGGAUCGUUUGUAUUGUUACUCAUACAUAUCCAUGCUUCGCUAAUGUAUACGCAGC